GCGCUUAUCGUCGUCGCGGUGACCCGCUCGAGCUCGACACCGAUGUCGUUUUCGUGAUCUGUGACGUUCCGAUGCGCGGGCUUACCGAUCAACGCACCGUGUCGAUCGGCAGGGUGCACGUUACCAGAUUGCGGCCUCUCGAGGAAAUUUUACUCCGUUUACGUUUUUUACCCCGCCUGAACGAGCGAGAGAACGUUCGCGUAGCUACCAUCCCCGAUCGCUGACCAUCGGGGGGGAAUAAUACUUCUACCUCUGCGACCGCAUCCGGGCGUCCUUGAUACGACUCGUACGCUAUCGCGCGAUCUAACCAAGGUCGGAGAAGUGAAAAGAGCGGUACCAAAGUAUUUUUUCAAGUAUAAUAUUUCGGUAAAUUCAAGCGAGAUCGGAGCUACCAAAUAAUAUAUACCUCUAACUAUAGAGAUCGUCCAUAAUUUUCUACCACGCCGAGUUCUCUCGUUCCUUCGUGAAAAAUCACUCGAUACGAUUUGUCGCGGAUGAACAGGGCGAACGUCGAGGAACGUCCACCGCAAGCUACUCGAACGCCGAGUAUGCCCGGCUUUUAUCUCGAGUGACGUCCCGCCGGAGGCGAGCAGCGGGGGCCACGCUAGUGAGAUCGGCGCGUCGAGAGUUCAAGCCUGGUCGUCGCGCGGUAGGAUCGGAGAAAAAAAUCGUCGCGAAGCUUGCCCAAAGAUUGAAUUCAUCGGCGCGGAAGGUGAGGUCUGAGAGAGGCGAGGGACAAGGAGUGAACGCGGCCAAGUGGCAGCGUCGUCAGGGGAAAGAGAUAGGAGAGUGGUAGCGGGAGAAGCGGGAGGUCGGCGGGAGGUGCAGGCGCUGUCGCGGAGGAUUUCGAGCCAUGCCCCACGGCGAGAUACGAGCCGCUUGUAUAGAUCUACAUGCACAGUAAAAUUGUGGCGACGGAGGAGCCCUGGGUAUCUGGGUCAUACAGCCGUCCUGUCGGCGUUGCAGCCUCUUCUCCAUAAUUCCACGAAAUUUUCCCGAUGCAGCAAAAAAGAGUGAAGAUCAUCGUUGACCGGAGGAGACUCUCGCUCUUGACGCGCACGCGAAUAUAGGGUGAUAAGAGUAGCUGCGAAACCGUUAUCGUUUGAUCGUGCAAUCGCGAUACAUUUGUUACGUUAGCUGUGACGUUCCAAGAACGAUACGCUAAAUGUUAAAUAAGGGCACACGAUGUAUCGAGCGACAGGAGAAACGCAUAACUCUGUGCGCUCGGUGUCGGGCGUGAUUGAAAAUCUGUUCGUAGAGUGACCGGAUAAGUAUCGGAUAUGCGAGCCGAAGUCGCAGCUUAUAGAACUGCCGCGUUAAUGUCACUUACGUCCGAGAGCGGUAAGUGAACUAUAGACAUAUCGCGUUUUACUCCGCCGGGAGAAUCCGUAAUGAUCCGCACGGAUCAGUGAUUUGCGGCUGGAGAGCGGAUCGACCCGAUACCGGCCGCUGGCGCGGUAACGAGCUGUUACGUCGUUACGCGGUUACGUAAAAAGGAUCCACUUGGAUCCCCGCGGGAGCAAUUGCCGAGGAAAGUCCACGCGAGGGCUAUUACCCGGAGUCGUGAGCGAUUCACGCGCGGAGGCCCGCUGCCACCCUUCGUCUGGAACACGCUCGAGCUGGCCGACCCGAUAAAUAAUGAACUCUCGCAGUCAUUUGUCAAGCUCACCGCGGGACAAACGAAUGCUCAUCGGGGUAGCGUCGUCGGCCUAAAUGGGAGAGAUGAACGCGAGGCACCGGCUAGCACCGCGGCAUUUCGCGUCGCUUUGCCGCAGGCGUUACGCAAGAGUCACGUCCCUUUGACUCGAUUCGGGGGCACGGUAGAGCCAACGGUGUAUAAGCGAUCGCGGCCUUUACGAUAUUUGUCUGCCCGCAAAGCUAUCGAUGAAGCAAACACCGAGGGUGGAAUGCCGAGGCUCGUGAUUGAAACGGUGCUUGGUAGCGAGCCUUGAGCGGCGUAAGGUCGCGGGUGCGCUUCCCGAUCGUCAACUCCCACCCGAGCGUUCGCCCCAGAAAUGCGAGAGUCAGCUGGUACCGAUCGCGAUAAGUGCAGUCACACCGGGGUGUGCGAUCGAUCGCGCGGGAGAUAACGGUGCCCGAAGAGACGACUCGCGACUUGAUGACAGUGCUCGCGCUUCGGGCUCGCGGACGAACGAACGUGAGGGCUUAUCUCGUGCGCGGUACCGAGCGACUACGCCAAGCGACAUGAGGCGACGGAACAACGGUUACUUCUGCCAAGCAACGUCGGCGAAGAGAGGCGGCCGCGGUGGAUGCAACGAGACUGAGGCGAACGAGCCACCGGGAUGGUGCAUCUACGCGGCGGUCGCGCUCGUCGCGGUCGGCUGUUAUCUCAACGCGCUCGACUGCGACUUCGUGCACGACGACAUACCGGCGGUGGUGAGGAACAGGGACGUGAUCGGCGAGGCGUCGUGGAGCAGCGUGCUCAACGACGAUUUCUGGGGUACGCCGAUGGAAAGCAUCAAUAGUCACAAGAGCUAUCGACCUUUCACCACUCUGACGUUUCGAUUAAACUACCUGAUGGCGGGUCUGAGUCCCAUGUGGUAUCACGCCACGAAUGUCGCCUUACACGCCGCUGCGUGCAUCUUAGUCACCAGAGUGAGCCUCGUGGUAGCUGCCCUUCGGCCGGGAUUCGCAGCGCUCGCCGGGCUGCUGUUCGCCGCGCAUCCCGUGCACACGGAAGCGGUGACUGGCAUCGUAGGCAGAGCAGAUGUUCUAGCGUGUAUCUUCUUUUUGCUGUCCUUUCUUGCCUAUCACGGCCAGCAGACGGCUUACGUAUGGUCCAGCGUUUGUCUAGGUGCUCUAUCGAUGUUGGCGAAGGAAACUGGCGUUACUGUUCUGGCACUAAACCUUCUUUACGAUCUCUGUCGUUCCUGGCAUUCAAUCAAGAGGUCUAUUUUCGAAGCCAAGUGGAACGACGAUUCUAGAUAUUUUUCAAGACGUGCUGCAGCGUUACUCGUUUCGUUUAGCAUACUUCUUGUGGUACGACUCGCUCUACUUCACGGUACUUUGCCGAACUUCUCCGCACAGGAUAAUCCAGCUGCUUUUCACCCCUGUUUCCACGUCAGAUUGUUGACUUUUUGCUACUUGGCAGCGUUGAAUUGUUGGUUGCUCCUGUGUCCGGCUAUACUCUCGCACGAUUGGCAGAUGGGAUCUGUCCCUUUGGUUACAUCUUUUACGGACACCAGAAAUCUAGCCACCUGUAUAUUCUUUGGCGGUUGUCUGGUUCUCACGUACAAAGCCUUCACGGAUUUCGAGCAACAAAGGCAUCCGCCUCUUGUUCUUGGUUGGAUGUUCCUGGUGCUGCCGUUCCUACCUGCGUCCAAUCUUUUCGUCACGGUGGGUUUCGUCGUGGCAGAACGGGUUUUAUAUACACCGAGUGUCGGAUGGAUUAUUUUGAUCGUCUACGGUAUGCAGGUGAGCUGGGCCGCUGUACCACGACGAAGAAGCUGGAUCACUACAGGCGUAGUUCUCCUGCUCGUUUUAGGAUGUUUCAGAACGGUUCUUCGGAACAACGAUUGGACAUCUAGAGAAACUUUAAUCAAAGCGGGACUGCGGUCUCUACCCUACAAUGCCAAGAUGCAUUACAACUUCGCUAACUUCCUUAAAGACACGUCGCAACCGAACCUUGCGGUCCACCAUUAUCAGUUAGCCCUCUGGCUUUGGCCGGGGUACGCCAGUGCACAUAAUAAUCUUGGAACUCUCACGAUAGACGAUCAAGCGGAAUACCAUUUUCUAGCAGCUAUUAAUGCUCAACCUGGUCACGUAAAUGCUCAUUAUAACCUCGGACGAUUGUACAGAAGAACAAACCGAACUGAACGGUGCAUCGAGAUGCUAAGAAGAUGCGUGUCGCUGGACCCGGCAUACGCGCCGGCGUUUAGAGUCCUGGCGAGAAUCGCUACCGGUCCUGCAACAGGCGAGCUGCUGAGGCACGUAAUUCACCUUCAGCCACGGAACCCGGACGCUCUCGCUGAGUAUGCUUACUGGUUGUACAAGAACGGCAAAUGGUUGCCCUCGCUCCGGUACUAUUUCAAAGCAAUGGAGAUCUUUCCGUCGCACAAGCCGUCGCUCAUUGGUACGCUCAGGAUUUUGAGGUCGCGAGGUCAGUGGUCCAGAGUACACCAGCUCAUCAUCAGGUGGCAUUUAAUGUUACGAGCGAAACGGGGAGGCUUCAUCUAUCGCGGGGAUUUGUAUAUUCGUGCGUGGCAGUUACAAAGCGAGUCUCGUCAAAGGACUCAUCAACAUCAACGGAAUCUCUGUAUAUCGGAGAACGGAUGUUCGAGGCCGCGCGUGGCCAGCGUGUCGGUGCAGCUCGAACAAGACAGCAACAAGUCGGAACAGCUGCAGCGGGCGCCGCGUUGCAACGUGCGCGCCUGCAGACAGCCGAGAAAAGGGAAGGCGCGCGUGACCGCGCCCACCCUGCUCGUGCAGAAUUUUCUGGAGACGCUUUAGUCCGGCCCGAUCGGGGAUCGGAUCUACCUCCUACUCGUUCGCCAGCUGAAAACCGGCCGUGGGAGAUGAAGAGAGGGAGCGCGAUAAAUUCCGACCGCGUAGCAGCCUCGUCCGACGAUCGUCAGCGACGAAGAGAGUCCUAUUAUAGUGGAAUGCCUGAAUAUUUUUCGUAUGCCGUGUUUGUGUGCUAUCUCUGGGACCGCAGGUCCCAACCCUGUCGCGGAUUAAUCACGAUAACGAAAUGGAAGCAGGUACGCAUAUACCGUUAUCGUUUAUAUGUGUGCCCUCGCCUUCUUCGUGGCAUCCUGUUUAUCCUGUCGAUCGGACAGCGACGAUGCGAGUCGCGAUCUCUUCGAGAACAAAGUUGCUAAUAAGCGAAAAUAAUAAAAAGAAACAGAUGCCUACUCCGUAGAUUUUGGCUUCGAGCGUUUGGAACGAAACGUUUUGAGAUCAUUCGCGCCAGGACAAAUGACAAUGUUGCGCUAAUGGUGAGAAUUGAAUGCUAGAGUUAAAUUCCUUGAAAAUUAUUUUGCCACUUUUCAAUUUAUCAUAAGAAUACUUAAACGAGAGAGGACCAAGGGAGAUUCGAGCGAUUAACUGUGCGCGUCGAACGAUUAUACAGUUUCUCGCGUAUUGAUUAAACACAUAAUCAGAUAUGACAUAAAAAGCCGUAUGCGUUCAAGCGCGCGUCCACCUACACUUUUGAAACGCGAUAAUUGUAAUUGGUAAUGUAAUUACGUGUAGCAUGACGUGUUUCUAUAAAUAUUUGCUGUUUCUCGUGUGUGCUUUCAACGUUUUUACGAUAUUCGUUUCGAUGAAACGAUAAAGUUGCCAUUGUACGUGUAACAACAAAAAUACAAAGUGUUUCGAGCGAACGAUCUCGUAAUGAAAUCGUAAUAAAAUAGAGGAUUGCAUUCGUGAAAAAUAAUCUCGACAAAAAGGUGGGCAAUUUAGCAAAACUAUAGUCGUCUCAGAAAUACUUGAGAUACGAGUGGAUAUCGUAAUACUAAAAAUUAAUCCAUCUUCUCGCGAGUCUGCGAACAUUCAUAAUUUUCGUUACAUCAACGAAUAUGUGCACACGCGUACACAUUUACGCAUCUAGACAUUCAUUGAAAUUUACAUUGUUCUUUUUCUUGUCAUUUGUACACAGAGGAUGGAAGUGCUGUGCAGGAAAAAGAAAAUCAUGCCGUUAAAUUUCGUCUCUUGGAUAAUAAUGACAAUAGCACAGUGCAUAAGACGAGAAUACGUAUGCUUUUGAGGCUCUUUCUCGGAUCGUACUUUGCGUUCCUCUCUCGUAGAUACGCAAUUUUACGCACGUAAAUACACGGUGCCAAUACUAGGGUAAUGAAUGUGCCGCUAAUUUGUGGCGUGUGGUAUGGCUUUUGUAUUGAAAAUUAAAGAAACAAAUAAUUUUAAACAAACACAUUCUUCGAUGAGCUUGGUAUGGCAAUAUUCGAUUGCAAGUAUCUCGUAAAGAAGAUUCUCAUGGCAGUUUUUCCUCUUCAACGUUUAUCAAUUCGUUGUAAAAGAGAGAGAAGUCAGUAUUUCACGCGGGUUAGACUUUAAUAUUAAAAUAAUAUUAGUUUAUUGACUGUAAUAUUACAAUGGCUGACGAAUUAUUUAAAUU